AUGCUCGAUUUGAGAGUUUUGGUCGGCUAUUUCCUGAAAGGAAGUUUUUGAAAGUUUCUGGUAGCGCUUGGAAUGGCUCAGAGUGCUUUUAGUGCGUAGUGUAGUGAAAAAUGCUGAACUUUUAUUCCACUGUACAGCCUCAACUGUUCGAUAAAUGGAAUAAUUAUUUUUUACAAUGGAACCGCGCCCUUGAGCGGAAAGAUUUCCUGAUAUCCUAUGAGCGCUAUCAAACAUCGACCAACGCAAACCGACGGCUCCCCGCGGAGUGCGCCAUCCGGCGAAGAACAAGAUAUAUCAACGGCUCCCCGCGGUGCGCGCUAUCAAACACGACCAAAGAUGGGUCGACGGCUCCUACAGAUAUGAUCGCCCCUGCACCAUCGAAGGCAUCCUCUCUCCCAACCAGGUCUCCCAGCCCAAAAUGUCCAACCUCGACUGCGUCGACUCUCCUGAAGACGUCGUCGAAAUGAUCCAAGUGGUGUAGAAACCCAUCAUGGAUCUCAUGAAACGCCAGGAGCUCUACGAUUCCUACUGCUGCAAAUCAAACUGCGUGAAAACCCUCCACCACCUCCACAUUCACCAAAGCGGUCGCCGCCGCCCCGAAGAUCACCAUCGCCCCACGGAUAUUCGGUCCAGCCGGGGAGCGAACACUCACCCAACACUUCACCAACGCAGUCGAGGAACCUCUCUCCAGCACCUUCCAAAGCGUCGAGCAGACUCCAACGGUCGCCGGUAACCUUUCACCAACGCCGAACAACAAAGCGUACAAAGGAUUUCAAAUGCGAAGAAUCGUCCGAGAUGCCUCGACUGCGUAUUCUGUCGACAACCUCACUUCAGCGACUUAUGUUGCGUCGAUAAGCCGUAGAUCGAUAGACAAAUCUGCUCCGCCAGGACGCUUGCACCACUUGUCUAAGGAGACAUCGAGGAGCCUGCAACACUCGCCUACGACGCAGAUACUGUGACAGCAGUGAGCAUAACAGUUCUCUGUGUGCACUAUGAGCGUUGGAAUUCGAGAAUAUGGACAGCUGAGCCCAGGCUGCUUGACUACACCGACAGCAACAUGGAAAAGACUUCCCUCCGGAGCGCUCGAUCAGCAAAGGGCUUCAAGUACAGCUUCUUAGGGAAGGUCAACCUCCAUUGGGAAACAUACAAUUCAGCACACAUUCCUUGUCUCCGAUAAAGAGAUAUUUCCUGCCACAGUACUCAUUGGAUACGACGUAAUGACAGCUCUCGAUGAGCAAGGAGUAACUACAGUUCUCCACUAAAGCAAAGGAACGCUAGAAGUCGGGAACAGCACAUUUCGCCUACUUCAACGGGCGAGUCACCCUUUGCUCACGCUUUAAAGAAAAUCAACGUCACCGGCGCAGCAAGCGUAGUGAUACCGGCAAACACCACUCGCAGAGUUCACAUGAGAACUCAAGGAACAAGGACCAGCUUCUGCUCUUGCGCCCUCCAGACAACGGCGACAUCACCUUUAUGGACACCAUCACAAGUCCAGGGAACAUGACCGUCAGAAUCACUUACGUUUCUAAAAACACCUAUACGAAGCUGCUCAAGAAACUAAACCUUCAACGCUGUGCUAUCGACAAUGCUGAACAAAAAGAACUGAGAGAAGACAUCCUUGAUAAUCCCAGCGGGUUCUUAAACGACGACGUGAACAUUGGGAUGUUCCCAGGAUCAAAAUCUAAUCGACAUUCGAGACGACCUGCCCUUCCAAGGCCUAGGAUCCACAGAAUACCACUAGUGAAACGAGAUGAAGUCGAACGUCAAAUACAGGAACUUCAAGCGCAAGGAGCCAUCGAACUUUCGUUAACGACCUUCACGAGUCCCUUUGUGCUUAUUGAAAAUAUGGAAUCUACAUGGCGAUUCACAGAAGACUACAGACUCAACGCUGUCACGAAAAAACAGGUCUACCUCAUCCCUGUCGACUUCACAGCCGGAACCAAGUUUGUUCACGAACUUUAACCCUAUACAUGAAUUCUUUCAGAUACAACUUCGAGAAGAAGGCCGACCGCAUUCCCAACCCCAGCUGA